AUGGGUUCUUAUGCUUCUUCAACAUCAAACAAUUCAUUGAAACAUGUUGAAUGGAUGUGGCAAUCGAAUCCAAACCCGUGGUCAAAAUCGGAGCCAGCAACAUGGAGCCAUUAUUCUGAUUUGGAAAAUUUAAUCAUCGAAGAAGCAUUUCAAGAUAAACAAUCACAAGCACUUUUGGAUGAUUAUUACAUUGAUUUCAAAAGUAAUCGUCAAAUUUUGAACACUGACGACUACAAGCAACGACCUAUUAAACGUGUAGAGCGUGAAAGAGAAGACAAACAUUUACGAGAAGCACGUUUCAUGGACCUUCCUGUUGGUAAAGGACGUUCAUUUGGUGGUCAAUAUGGUUGGGUAUCUCCGUUUGUAAUUGAAAUCAGAAGAUACUUGAAACUUGAACCGAAUGAUUUACCUUCCAAAAAGCCAAACAUGAUCCCAGUGCUCAUAGAAAAAGCUGCUCGUGGUAUAAUUGAAGAAGGAAAACAU